GUGGCGCAGCAGCGCUUCUGCAGUAUUUGGUAGCACACGAGGCGACAAAUUUUUGCGUUGAGUGCACACGUACACGGUCGAGAAGUCGUGGACCGUAACAGCAUUCAUCAGCAUUGCCUCCGGUCAUCUCUUAGUUUCUUAAUCUAAUACCUGCUCCUUCUUAAUACUCCCAAUGUCCAAACGUGCGCGCGGCGACGGCACCGGUGCGAAGACGGCGGAGGCAUCAGACGAGGCACCCACAGUGACAAAUGCAGGCGCGAUUGACAGCCUCGGCGACGGCGACGGGGAUUUAGCGAGCGCCUUCGACCCUCUCGGCGACGCAUCGUCUCUCAGCAGCGCCACGGCGUCGUCGUCUGCGGACAACGACAGCGACACGGAGGACGCCUCGAUGCGUCUGCUGCUCUACGCGAAGGCCACGGCGGCCACCACCAAGGCACACGCGACCUCCUCAGCGGAUGCGUCGGCCGCCGCAUCCUUUCUGAGGAAUAGUGGCAGCAGCAGCAGCAACAGCAACGGCGCCACGAAGGCGGCGAGCAACGCCGUCACCGCAUUGGUCGCCUUCAACGCGGAACUUCUGAAGCCGGUGACGGAGUCGUCCGCCCUUACGGUUGUGAACGCCGAGGACGAAACGGAGGACGUGCUCGCCAGGAUUGUGUCUCGCAAGGUCCCCCCACCGGCCCCCGGUGACACGAAGAAGCUGCGCCAGCUGACCUACGUGAACCACAGCGAGAUGCAAUACAUUCCCAUCCGCAAAGACUUCUACGUGGUGCCGCCGGACAUGAAGGACCUGACGCCGGAGGAGAUGCGAGUGCUGUUGCGUGAGCUGGACGGUGCGAAGGUGCAGGGGCAGGACCUCCCCCGACCGCUGCGCAGCUGGCACGGCACGGGGCUGCCCGACAAGGUGUUGGAGGUGUUGGAGCGGCACGAGUACAAAGCCCCGUUUGCGGUGCAAUCACUCGGUGCGCCGGCGCUGAUGAGCGGGCGUGAUCUACUGAUUACGGCCAAGACAGGCUCUGGCAAGACGCUCUGUUACGCGCUGCCCAUCAUUCGUCACUGCGCCGACCAGCCGCGGUGUGAGAAAGGGAAGGGCCCGAUAGGAUUGGUUCUGGUGCCGACGCAAGAGUUGGCGGUACAGGUCUUCACCUUGCUGGAGGAGUUGGGCGACGCCUGCGGUCUGCGAUGCGUCGCCUCGUACGGCAGCACCCCUCUUUCGGAUAACAUCCGUCACGUCAAAGCGGGCUGCGAAUUGAUGGUAGCGACGCCGGGUCGUCUGCUUGAUUUACUCACGGUGAACGGCGGCAAGACGAUGACGCUGUCACGCGUCUCUUUCGUGGUGGUGGACGAGGCUGACCGCCUCUUUGACAGCGGCUUCAUGGAGCACGUCACCGCUUUUCUGAAGAACAUCCGCCCCGAUCGAGUGGUGGGGAUGAUCAGCGCCACGAUGCCGAAGGAGCUGCGCAACUCUGUCAUGCAGCACCUGCGCCACCCCGUCAUCAUCUCGGUCGGCGGCAAGCCGACUCCGGCAUCCAACGUGGAGCAGCAGUUCUUCUUCUUUGACGAGGAGGUGUACGAUGCGAGUAAGGACAAGACGGAGAUGACACCGCGACUGGUGCGGCUGCUCGCGCUGCUCGGCGAGGAAGGCGGUGACGGCCAGAACUUGAUUCUCGUCUUCACGCAGCGCAAGGAGGAGGUGGACGAGUUGGUGGGACAGCUCACCACGCUGGGCUACGCAAACCGCGUGGCGUCGCUGUACAGCGGCAUGGACCCGAUUGACCGCGAGUUUGCGCUCGAGCACUUUGCGCCGGGCAAGCAGUUCAUUCUGAUUGCGACCGCGGUGGCAGAGCGUGGGCUGGACAUUCCGUACCUCGGCCUCGUCGUCAACUACCGGCUACCGAACCACUACGAGGCCUACGUGCACCGCAUCGGACGCACCGGCCGCGCCGGUCGCAGCGGCCGCGCCGUGAGCUUAUUCACUCGCGGCAAGGACGACGACAUAGCACCGGAGCUAGUGGAGGGGCUGGAGCGGGCGGAGCAGCACAUCCCGGAGGAGCUCUACGAAGUGGCUGAGCGUGUGCGCACGCUGCGCAAGUCGGGUGAGGCGCGGUACAACAGCGGCUUCUUUCGCGGCUACCGCGACGCCAAGGCGCAGCGGUUCACCGACCGCAGUCAGAAGCAGCAGAUGCGCGAGGCAGCCCGGGCCGCCGGCUACGAGGAGUUCCUCAGCUCCUCGUCCUCCUCGGACAACGACUCCGACGUGGAGAGCGACGAGAACGCGGACAUCACCGCGGUGCCGGUGCAGUCGCAGUCGCAGGUGGCGGCGGAAGAGGCGGCGGCGAGGAACGCCAUGGCGCUCACGCUGCACCGCGGCGCGACCGCGAGUGCACUGACGCUCUCCUCGGCGCAGGAAGACCGCAUCGCCAAGGCCCUCAAGUUCGCGGAGAAGACGACGGCGGCGGCCACCGUCUCUGCGGACGACGUGACGGCGGUGCGCUUCCAGAGCGAGUACCCGAUCAACGACCUGCCAGACGUGGUGCGGGGCAAACUGCAGGGCGGCUCCUUCAUGAAGUCCGUAGGCGAGGAGACGGAGACGUCGCUGGUGCGCAAAGGAGUGUACUUUGACCCCCGGUACAAGCACUCGCGUCGCAUGAAGGAAGGAGAGCGGCCACUUUAUUUGCUGAUUGUGGGUAAGUCGAUGGAGGCGGUGCGAGCUGCGCGGAACAAGUUGGAUGAGAUGAAGGCGGAGCUGCUGAGCAAGCAAACCAAGACAGGCUCCGUGACCGGCGCCUCUCUGUAG